AUGUAUUCCACACUCCUUUCAAAUACCAAGAGACAAGCCUGGACUACCACGGAAAUUCACAAUGCUGCCGUAGAUCUUCUUGGUGAAAAGACUCCCCAAUCAUUGAUGCUAGGAAAGGACACCAAGCACAAGUUUGGCUCUGUUGAACCCCCUAUUGUUGCUACCUCUGGCUCAUCUGCCACCACAUCUUCUGCUUUGCCAAAGGCAAGAAUGCUUGGUGAUCGAAAUCUGCCCAAUAGGGCUACUACCAAGAACCCCAACUGUGGAAUACAUCCACUAUGA